AUGAAUAAUGUGGCCAGACACCAUGGGGUGUCCUCUCAGACAAAAGACCACAGGGCUGAAUCCCUGUGGUGCACUCAGGCCCAGCAGGCCUUCAGGUCUGAGCCCCGGAACCUGACCGUGCGGAUGGGAGCCACAGCUGUGUUGAGGUGUGAGGUGCUGCGAGCCUCAGGGACCGUGCAGUGGGUGAAAGAUGGCCUCCUCCUGGGACCUGAGAGAAGCCUGCCAGGCUUUCCACGCUACAGCAUGAUUGGAAAUCCCAAGAGAGGGCAGUAUCAUCUUCAGAUCGAAAAAGCCCAACUAGAGGACGACGCCCUGUAUGAAUGUCAAGCGGGACAAUCUGAGAGCAGCCUGGCCAUCAUUUCCAGCACAGCCUGGGUCAGCGUGUUUAUUCCCCCUUCCAGGCCACACAUUCAGGUGGAUAUGGCAACACCUUGGGUUGCAGGGAAGAAGUACACCGUCACCUGUAUAGCCCCUGAUGCAAAGCCUGAAGCUGAAAUCACACUUUAUAAAGAUGGAGUCGAGCUGACAGGUGCAGAGUCUUUCACCGUGUCUGGCUCAAAGGAUAAGCUCAAGAACACGCAUGCUGAAGUAACAUUCACUGCUCUCAGCUCUGACAACGGGAGGCAGCUGGCAUGUCACGCCAGGAACCCCGCCCUUUUCCGGCCUGUGGAGACAACAGUGACCAUGAGUGUCUACUUCCCACCUCAGCCUCCAGUCAUUGUGGGUCUGUCAAGAGAGGAAGUCAAAGCGGGGAGAACACUCACAGUGGAGUGUGUGUCUCAUGGUGGAAACCCCCUAGCCACUCUCCACUGGACCAAGAAUGGAGAAGUUUUAUCCACAACUUGGGAGGAGGAUGUUGUUGCAUGGAAGUCCAGCAGUAUCCUGAACCUGAAGAUCAGGCCUGUGGAUAACCAAGCUGUUCUGUGCUGUGAAAGCGUCAAUCUGGUAUCCCUAUUGCCCCUGUCUGUCAGCCGCAGGAUCACUGUGCUCUUUGAGCCUGCAGAGGUGACACUGUUGGGUUCGUCCACAGCCAUAGAAGGGCAGGCCUUGAGCCUGAGCUGCAUCACCUCCUCCAGUAAUCCUCCUGUGCAGAUCCGCUGGUGGCUGGGCUACAAAGAGCUCAACACUACUAGUGUCACAAUGGAGGAGGGAGAUCAUGGUGGGAUGACAACCAUGUCCAACAUGACCCAUCGGGUCUCUAGGGAGGAGGAUGGACUCCUGCUCACCUGUGAGGCUUUCAACAAGGGCACACACUUCUCAAAGACCCAGGUCACCAAAGUCAGUGUCUAUUACCCCCCUCAAAAGAUUUGGCUGGAUGCUCCACCUCAGGACGUCCCUCUUCGCUCAGGGACGACAGUCCGUCUCACCUGCUUCUCUGUUGGAGGGAAUCCCACAGGGUCUCUGACCUGGUUCAAGAAUGGAAAGGUUGUGUCUGACGCACUGAAGCAGACAUCCUUCGACCGAGGAGUCGCUCGAGAGCUGGUUCUGGUCCUUACGGCCAGUGACAACAUGGCUACCUACCGCUGUGAUGCUAGAAAUGAGGCUUUAGAGUCCAUCUCUGCCCACACUAAACUCAUGGUUCACUUUCCAGCGAUAAGUAUGAAGAUCACAACCAAACAAAAGGAACUCCGUCGGGGUCAGAUGCUGACUCUGGAGUGUCUAUCUGGAAGCAGCAAUCCAAAGGCCAGCAUCUCCUGGAGCUUUGGUGGCCUCAGGUUCGAAGGAAAGGAGCAUCUGCCCAGUAAAGCUCAGUAUGGUGGCGUGUCAGUGCGCAGUUCCCUAACCCUUAAUCUGACCUCACAGCAUCACAACCAGAGGAUCAUUUGCCAGGCCUACAGCCCCGUGCUAGCGGAGGGCGCUAACACAUUCUUCAAACUUAAUGUCCUCUACCCACCAGAGUUCGGCCCGGAGCAGCCAACGCAGGUCCAGGUGGUGGAGGAUGACAUGGCAAGCAUCCCACUGCUGGUCUCAGCUAACCCCGAGGAGGUCUCCUGCAUUUGGCUGCAUCGCAGGGAGAAACUGGUCAAAGAAGGGAACCGACGCUACCACUGGUCAGACGACAACCUGCUGGAGAUCGAGAAUGUCACAAGGAAAGAUGCCGGAGUUUACACCGUCAAGUGCACAAACGACGAGGGUGCUAACGAAAUCUCCAUCACACUGGACGUCCAGUAUGCCCCUAGUGUCAAAGCAGAGAAAGACCCUGUGGUCGUGAACCUUGGGGAAACAGCGGACCUAAUAUGUGUGGCAGAUGCCAACCCCAUUAUUUCUGGCAUGUUCUCUUGGAAAUUGCUGGGGGAAGGGGAGGUGGAGAUGGGAGAGGAGACCCAGGAAGACGAAUCUGGCCUCCUGACCAUCCAUGAUGUGACACGAGCUCAUGCUGGUUUGUACCAGUGCAUGGCUGAUAAUGGCAUAGCCCCUCCUGCUACUGUGGAUGUGCAGCUGGUGGUGCAAUUCAAACCAGAACUUCAGAAAGGAGCCCAAUGGAGAAAGGUAGCAAGCAGAGGUGAUGGCACCACCACAGCUGAACUAGUAUGUCAGGCAGAAGGUAUUCCAAGAGUCGACUUCUCUUGGGAGAAAAAUGGUGCACGCAUGGAUUUUGCAAAUCCCAGGUAUGAGGAGCUGACUGUGAGGGAGGGCUCCUUCCACACCAGCACUGUUCGGGUAGUGAAUGUGAGUGCAGCUCUGGACUAUGCUGUCUUUAGUUGCACUGCUCACAACUCACUCGGGGAAGACAAGCUUGACAUCCAGCUCGUCAGCACAAGCCACCCAGAUCCUCCCUCAUCGUUUCGGCAAUUUGGUGUCACCCAUGACUCGGUCACUCUGGAGUGGAUCCCUGGCUUCAAUGGUGGUCUGUGGCAAAGAUAUCGAAUAAGAUACCGUUGGGAUAAGUCUGCCAGUUUCCUCUACAUGGAUGUCUUUCCUCCCAGUGCUACCACCUUCACUGUCACCAACCUGCAGCCUGUCACCAUGUAUAACUUCUCUGUCAAUGCCCUCAAUGCAAUGGGGGAGAGUUCCUAUGCUGACAACAAUGCAGUUCUGACCAUCACCACCAAGGAGAGGCCAGAAGAAGAAAAAGUCCCAGCAGACGAUGACUCAGUCUCACAGAGUGCAGGAGGACUGCAGGCCUAUCUGACUGUCGUGCUCACAGUUGUGUUUGGAGUCCUGCUGGGCUUUAAUUUGUUGGGUUGUUUCUUCGGACUGAGGUGGAAAAAGAAGCGAGGACAGACAGGAAGUGGAGGAGGCAGCUUGUUAGAUGGGAAGAAGAAUAAAGAGGAGGGGUCCAGUCAGUCAACUGUAAGCAACUCCAAUAAAUAUGAGAGCCGAGAAAAGAUCAACACAGCGGCCCAGCGCACCCUCCUCAUUGACUCUGGCUCUGAAACAGACAGCAAUGUCUACGAGAGCUAUGCUGCAGAAAGUGCCCAUUAUUAUUAUUACCCCACCGGUGACUACAUGCCGCCUCUCAGUCCACACCCUGAGGAAACACGCAGGCUUGACACCCAAAGCCAUCUGUAUGAAGACGUAAGAGAUGGUGGUCUCUACCAGGAAGUCCUGCCAUCCUCGCUUCCGUCCCCUCCAUCCUUGUUUUUCCCCCAAUUGCCCAGUCAGUGGAGUGAGUGGAGAUUCCCGAGCUACCCUCAGCAAAACAAAGCCCUACUUACACCAGAACGACAGCAUGCCCACGGAGUUUACAUCUUUCCUGAUGGAGAUUAUCUGGAGAACGGGGCACUUGGAGACUGGAGGAGGAGGACGUGGAACCAGUACAACCACUACAGCCAGUGGGAUGAGGCAGCAAUGGCAUUGUGGGAGAAGGCGAAAGCGGGGCAAACAAGCCGGGCUGCAGGCUAG